AUGGCGGCCAGCGGACUUUCAGCACCCACACAGGAGGAGAAUGAACGAAUGGCAAGGACCUUUGAAAGGUCCAGCGGCGCGGACGGCUUCGUGGACCUGAGCGAAGGGCAGCGGCUGCUGCGACGGGCCGGCGUGCAGGAACAUCAGCUCCCCAAUGUUUGGGAGCUCUCGGACCUCGACCGGGACCGCCGGCUCUCGCUGCGUGAGUUUGUGUGUGCCAUGAGCUUGGCCGAGCAGGUCCGGCGCGGACAGGCGCUGCCGGUCGAAGUUCGCCCAGAGCAACAGGAGGCCAUGGCUGCAGGUGUCGAACGUCUAUUGCAGCAAGGUGCUGUUCGUGGAAAGGAGAGCGCCGACGUGCCGUUCAGCACAGGUGCGGUUGGUGUCACAGGUGGAAGUGAAGACUUGCACCUUGCCAGGCCUUUGGGGCAGAUGGCGCAGGUCUUGAAGUUGGUGGCACGAGUGGAUCCCAGCGGGGAGCUUCAGCGACUGAGCCGGGAGGUGUUGGCUGAGCGGCAACAACUCGAGCAACAGCUGGCGCAUCGCCGGUCCUUGGAGGAGCAGCUCCGGGAGGCCCGAGGCCGCCUGGAUGAGGCGAGUGAGCUCAAGCGGAAGAGCGCUGUGGAGGCGGCCGCCGCCCAGAAGCGGAUCGCGCAGAUGCAGGAUGAGUUGGUCUUCGUGACCAGAGAGGUCAAUGGAGCCGAAGAGGACCUCAAAGCUCUUCGACAAGCCUCAGGUCAAGAGAAGGAGCCACGGUCUCGAGCCCUACCUGCGCCGUACACCGAUCCUGAGGAGGAGCGCCGCGAUGUGCUUUCCAAGGUGCGGGCUGAGCGAGAGUUGCUGAUGAAGGAUCAGAAGGCCAUUGAGGAGCUUCCAACACUCCUCUGA